CUUAUAAAAAAUGGCGCAAACAGAGUCCGUAUCUCACUUUAAAAAAAAAACAAGAGGAAAUGACUACGUUACAAAUAGUUGUUUUAUCUUUGUUUGUCGCCGUGCAAUCCCUUGACACAGGAGGAGGUGGGGUAAAUCCUGAUAGCAAAUUUGAAUGUAGAACCGCUGGACUGUUUCCGGAUCUGUUUAACACUAAAAUCUUUCAUCGGUGUUCCCAAAGUGACGGACCUAGUGGUGGUUUGCAGCACGACAGUGUUGCAUGUGAAGAUGGCUACACGUACAAUGCGAGAUCGGCGUCUUGCGAUUUACCGCUAGGAGGCCGAGCUGGUAGCACUUUCAUUCCGAACUGUCACCAUCGGGGUAAAAACGGAGCGCUGGAUAACAAUUCCUCCCUAUACUAUAUCUGUCAGUAUCAUCGUGACGGUCCAUUAUAUCCAUUUGUCUACGCCUGUGGAAAUGGAACAACGUACAAUUCGUAUUUGUACCUUUGUGUUUAAGUGAAUAGAGACGAUCGAUCGCGAGGAACACGGUGGAAAACCUCCACUUUAAAUUAAAAAAAUAUCAACAACAAAAAGCGCAUUUUUUAUCCUUAAUCCCUGCCCCAAUAAACUGGACAAAAAUAAUGAUUCACAUUACAAGCAAAAAAGUGCAACGAAGGCUAUACAAAAAUGUCUCCCAUUUGCGCGAUUUAUCAAAAUUACCGCCGCCAAAGGUAAUUGUAGAACUACGGAUUUGUGAAACUGUUCCACAAAAAAGACGAUGUAAAUUAAAUUACGUUUUUUUAACAUUAUGAUUUAGUUAAGGCCGACGUCGAAAUGGCACUUCCGACACACCUUUGCCAUUAGU